AUGCAAGGACUCGCAACCCCCGACGACUGCGACAUGUUCGGGCACAUGAGCAAUAGCAGUUAUGCCAAGACGCUCGAUAUAAUGCGCAUGCAGUUUGGCGCGGAUUUCUUCCUGACCUGGUUUUCCUCGUAUAAGGGAACCUGCCCUAUGGGGGCUGCCGACUAUUCCUUCAUAAAGGAGAUCCCGAUUAUGGGAAGGUAUGAGAUCAGGAGCACAAUAGGAGGCUGGGAUCAUAAAUGGCUAUGCGUCGUAUCAUACUUCGUCUCCUACCCCAAAAUACGCCAAUCCGGCUCUCCGGAGCAAGUCCUCACCCCUCCCGCGCCGCUGCCUGCUGCUCUCUUCCCUCCUAACGCGAUCCUGCACACCGUGUGCAUCUCCCGCAUGUGCUUCAAACAACGCCGCCUGACUGUUCCGCCGGCAAUAGCGAUGUCCCUUUCGGGGAUGGGCGGUUCGGAGUCCCUAGGUCGGGUGAGGUGGGAGCGUGUGCAGCUGCUGAAUGCUGAGGGGAGAAUGAAGAAGAUGCUUCGGACUGGGGAAUGGAAGGACGAGCUUUGUCGGCCGGGGAAGGAGGGUGGCUGGGGGAUGGAUGAAAUGGAAGAGGAGAGGAAGAUGGGGAUGGAGGCUUGUGGAAAGACUUAUGCGGGGAUGGAGUUGCUUAGGCCUGUCACGGUAUUGGACGUGUAG